AUGUUCAAGGAUGGAAGGCCGAGGGCUCCUCCGAAAGUGAUAUCUCUGUUGGGAACUCGCCAUGCAAGCUACAAGUACACGGAAGAUACUCAUCGUCCGGCUCGACAGCCACAGGAGCCAACCAGGGAGUUGCCAGUGGAGCUCCCAACGAGGCAACAUGAAAAGAUCGUGGACGCAGUUGCGGUCGACAGCCUUUCAUGGCUCAACGCUGUCCGCCGAGUUGCCUCCGAUGUGCGGACAGGAUGCGAAUCAACUCUGAGUCAGUUUGAUCAGACUCAGGGAGACGAGAGCUUCGGGAACGACCUGUUGGACAGGCACGAGCGGGUUGUCAUGAAAGCCUACAACAUGGGUGGCGGCGUGAGAGGCUUCGAGCGAACACAUGCAGUUGAGGCAGCCAGACGUCUGACGUCCAUGUUGUCGAGGGAGGAAGACGACCCGCAAGUUCGAAGGCUUUCUGAGCAUGUCCGUGAGCUGAGCAAGAGGACUGUAGACCUCAGACCCAGCGAUCCCUGGGACUGGGAAGAGACGCCGAGGAGGCCAGAGAAAGAGAAUCUCAACACGAACUUGAGCGAGGCCCAGCUGAACUUGCCAGAGGCUGCGCAAAUCCCGGCAAAGGUCGUCAACACAACGGCAAUAGCCCCGAAAGCGAUAUCAGUCUGGUUGUCCGAAGUUCAGGUGCGAUUGAUCCCCCCGUUUGAGAACGAGGCGAAGAGGAAGGAGUGGAGCUGCUGUGUCAAAGUUUCCUUCUGCAACCAGAAGGUCAAGAGUCGACCGACGAGCUCGUGUUCCAACGCCUGUGGCUUCUCCGAGCUGUUCUGUUUCGAGCGCGUUGACCUGCAAAGGGUUGAGGACGACAGCAUGUGGAUCAAGGUCAAGCUCUCAGUCUUCUUGGGAAGCAGGAGAGUGCAGACACAGAUGCUGUUCCUUCCUGUCUUGAAGAUGCAGAGUGAAGGAGAGAGCAAGUACCUUCACCGGAAAGAGCUCCCAGAGAACCUUGAAGGUGAUCUUCGAGGAAAGCUAUCUUUCUCGUGCUUCGUUCACACGUCCGUCGGGGAUAAGAUAAGGCACCCGAAGGGCGUACAAGAGUCCAGAGCAAGGAUCCCAACAGCUCGAGUAGCUGGCCAGCAGGAGGAAACUGCAAACGUCUUGCUGGAAUAUGUCAGGGUGAAGCAGCAGGCCGGUGCCAGAAGUCAGCAGAGUCUUAUGGAACCUGAGGGUGUACCGAAGGAGCAGGAGCUUGAUGAGAGACUGAACGUGGCAAGGCAACAGGCGGAGCAUCAGCAAAGGAUGCAGACGUUGGAGGAGAUGAGGGCGAGGACGCUGAAGUUUGAUGAUCCGAACCACCUCAGGAUACUGGCAAGCAAGAGGGAAGAGCCCUUGCUCAAGACCGGGAGCGCGAUCACUGAGAGAUACCUAACGUCCGAACACAACAAGACGCUGCUGGACAACUGCAGCAUCCUGUUCGGCGGCGAGCGGGAAAGGGACGGGGAAGAUACGGAGGGGGAGGAGGAGCUGCAGGCGUUGGAUUGCAGAAAGAGCAUCGCGGACCUCGAGCGAAGGUUGAGCAGUCAAGUCUACCAUGAAGAGCACGGCCAGUGCGACUUCGGAAUCGACUUCGAGGACGAGUAUCCUUAUGCUGUCAAGGAUGCGAGCCAUCUCAUGAGCCCAGGAUGGGUCCAGCAAGAAGAUCCCAAGUACCAGCAGCCGCACGUGCGACCAGGAGACCUUCUGCUGCAGGUCGGCCAAAUCCCCGUUGAGCACCUUGACUUGUCCUUCCGCCGUCGGCUCCUAUGGGGAUCGCCAUUUCAGUCCCUCCCGCUCCUCUUCGUCCGCCCUCGCACUGGCCGAAGGCUUCAGGUGGCAGAGCGAGAAGUUCCGGCAGCUUCAGGAGCGGCUGGAGCCACUGGAGGUGAGGAUCCGAAGAUUGCAGAUCAAGAGGGCAAGGCAGGGGCAGGAGGAAGCGCCUCAAAGAAUGAUAUAGAUGCUCUCAGCCGGAUGUAA